ACCAAAAAAUAGCCAUAAUGUGAUUUCAGUAAAAAAAUUUCAGUAGGGGUUAGGAAAUGUAAUGAAAAGGAAGAAGAGUCCUGAAGAAAGACUCUUCCUGCAGGAGGGAGGACUCUGAGAUAAGCAUUGGAGGAUGGAUAGAUAGAUUCCAUCUGGGAAUAAAUAAAUGGAAAGUAAAAGGGAAGAACUCUUUCCAGCCUUUGAUAGCAGAAUAAAAAUUCAAAGGCAAGAGCCAGCAUAAUGAGGAUGUAAGAAGGGGAGCUGAUGGUUCCAUACAGGAAUUAGGGCAAACAGAUUUGGAGACAGUGUGGAUCUAGAUUACAGAGAGAUUAAAACUAAGAGAAAGAGAUUAAGCGUAAUGAGAAUGAGAAUGAAUAGUAACUGAAGAUUAAAAAGAGUUAUAUAAAAAUGUGGUAUAUUCAGAUGGUUUAUUUGGCAACUGCAGGAAAGACUUCUUUGGGAGAAUAUGAAGGCAAGGAAGCCAAAGGGAGGACAAAUGGAGUUACGAGGUACUAUAAGAGUGAGAGCUAAGAAUCUGAGUAACAACUUCACCAUGGGAGUGAAGAUGAAGGAAUGAUUGAAUCUGAGAAAUGUUAAGAACUUCUUUUUGACAAUGAUGUUAGUAUUACUCUAGAUACUCAAAGUUACAUGUACACUUUGCCUGAUUUUAGAUACUUCUUUUCAUGUUUUGGAGAAACAGGAGGGAGGAAGGAUGAUGAAUUCAGAACUCAAAAUCUGAAAGUACAUGGCAACUGAUUUCCUGUGGCUUUACUGAUUUUCAGGGAUUUCUCUUGGCACUGUCUCCUCCCCUCUCUCAGAUUGUGCCUUGAUGAUGUAUCCUCCAUGGAGCGGGUCAAUGAGACAGCAGUGAGAGAGUUUGUCUUCCUGGGCUUCUCAUCUCUGGCUGGACUGCAGCAGCUGCUCUUCAUUGUCUUCCUGCUCCUCUACCUCUUCACUCUGGGCACCAAUGCCAUCAUCAUUUCCACCAUUGUCCUGGACAGGGCCCUUCACACCCCCAUGUACUUCUUCCUCGCAAUCCUCUCCUGCUCUGAGACCUGCUACACUUUUGUCAUUGUACCCAAGAUGCUGGUUGACCUGCUGGCCCAGAAGAAGACCAUCUCCUUUCUGGGAUGUGCUAUUCAGAUGUUUACUUUCCUUUUUCUUGGCUGCUCUCACUCCUUUCUGCUGGCAGCCAUGGGUUAUGAUCGCUACAUGGCCAUCUGUAACCCACUGCGCUACACAGUGCUCGUGGGGCAUGGGGUAUGUGUGGGACUAGUGGCUGCUGCCUAUGCUUGUGGCUUCGCUGUUGCCCAAAUUAUCACAUCCCUGGUAUUUCAUCUGCCCUUCCAUUCUUCCAACCAAUUGCAUCACUUCUUCUGUGACAUCUCCCCUGUCCUCAAGGUGGCAUCCUACCAUACCCACUUUAGUCAGGUUGUCAUCUUCAUGCUUUGCGCAUUGGUCUUGGUUAUCCCCUUGUCAUUGAUCUUGGUAUCCUAUAUUCACAUCAUCUCUGCCAUACUCCAAUUUCUUUCUACACUGGGCAGGUACAAAGCCUUCUCCACCUGUGCUUCUCACCUCAUGGUUGUCACUGUGCAUUAUGGCUGUGCCUCUUUUAUCUACUUAAGACCUCAAUCCAACUACCCCUCAAGCCAGGAUGCUCUGAUGUCAAUGUCCUACACUAUCCUAACACCAUUGUUCAACCCAAUGAUUUACAGCUUGAGAAAUAAAGAGUUCAAAUCAGCACUUCAUAGAGUUGUGGAAAGAACAAUUUCCCUGCCAUAGCAAUUAAUCUGGAUCCUGCUUUUUCCAAACAGUAAAGCAAAAGAUAAAUAAGGCAAAAUUCCCAGAACAGAAAUGAUCAGGCUACUUGGAACAGUGUUCAAGAACAUAGAUCGUUUCUUCUUCCACACCAAAUGUAAAACAUAAAAAUCACAGCUUUUUGCCAUGAUCUCAUGAAUUAUUGCCCAUUGAAAUUAUAUUCAAUUAAAGAAAAAACAAUGGAUGGUUAUUAUAGGGAACGAUUCAGGUGUUCAGAAUUCUAGGUUCUGGCGAAAACCAUCACCCAAUCUCACCCAGACUAGAAACUAA